GCAACAUUGACAUUUAACUACUCGAAUAUUAAAGACUCAUACUCAUCUUGAAGACUCAUACUCAAUCAAUACAUUGUAGGCCUACUAGGUAUUAACUACUACGUGAAUACAUCAUGUCUAUGUAAAAUCCUUUCUUAACUUCUUUUCACAUCAACCAACCUCUACUUCAACUGCCAACUAAAAAGAUGCCUGCUCCCACCAAUAAGCAGUCCUCUGAGGCCGCUGCAACUUCACCGGCGCUACAGUUUCCUCCUAUUACAAGAGAUCAUAUACUCAACUGUUCAUAUGACUCCUGGUUCCCCAAGUAUCGCGCAUCAUGUAUCAAAUCGAGGAUAAUCCCACUCUCUACUAAGUUUGUAGAGUACAUUCGCGAAGACGGCAUUAUCCUAGCCGACGAUGAUGUUGUCGAGCCAGAGGACGAGGAAUGGGAAUCGGCACCUUCAACCUUUCGGCCACCCGUUGAAGAAGUUGAGUCAGAAUCUGAAAGCGACGAGGAGGACGAACUGCCCACGAUACCACCGAACCAAAGAUUUCCUGACUUACAUCAAACAAUCAAAGACAAAAUUGCUGAACUUGGCGGCGCAGUGGCUCCAAAACUAAACUGGACAGCCCCCAAGGAUGCAGCGUGGAUAUCACCACACCAGAAUACCAUCAAAUGCACAAGUCCCAACGACAUAUACCUGCUACUCAAGAGCUCCAAUUUUGUCACGUAUGACCUAGAGCAUGCCUUCGACGACUGCACCCCGACUCCCUCUUCGGCGGGUAAUGCGCCACCAGCCUUCAAGCCUGUGCUCGUCUUACGCUCGUACUUCAACCCACAUACGGCCAUGGAAUUCCGCUGCUUCGUAAAGCACCGAAAUCUGAUCGCCAUCUCACAGCGUGACCUCAACUUCUUCGAAUUCCUCAAGGUCCUACGUCCUGACAUCAUCGCGCGUAUCAGCCAGCUGUUUAACAACAAACUAAGGUUUACCUUCCCAGACGGCAAUUUCACAUUUGACGUAUAUAUCCCCGAGGGCGAGGAUGAGCCCCUGAGUAGAGCCCGUCUGAUCGAUAUCAAUGCCUGGGCUCCGCACACAGAUAGUUUGCUAUUCGAGUGGAGCGAACUGCUAGAUAUGGAAGUUCCGAGUGGUCCAAUGCUAGGAGUAGUGGGGGGUGGUGAGCCUGCCGAUGGCGGGAAUGAUGAGCUAUCAAGUGAGGAGGAUGAGGACGAAGACUUCGCCCCUGAGUUAAGACUUGUCGAAAAGGAGGACCCAUCGGCAUACAACUUCAGCUCGCCGCAGUACUCGGCGCACAAGCUACCCAAGGAUGUGGUGGACGCAAGCAUGGCUGGCGAGGGUGGUAUGCGUGAGUUCGCGCAGAAGUGGAAGGAGAUGACCGAGUAUAGGGAGAAUGUUGCAAACUGGGAGAUCAACGAUAAGGAAUGACUGGCAGGAUGACUAGUCUGGACUAGAUAGGGGGGUCAAAGGGGAAUCCUACCAAAUGCUAGGUCUCAACUGAGUGAUGGCGUCCAGAACUUAGACUGUGAUUAACGGUCUUCAUAGGAUCUCAUAGGACUCUUAGAGUCUGGGCUAAAUCCCAUGGUCACACUGCUGAAUUAUUGCAGCUGUCGGGACUUUGUAAAAACCGUUGCUAUCAUAAGUCCAUCAGAUGCACUGACAGCCUACCUCGCAUGGCCAUUCAUACAGCUAUCGAUGUAUUCCUGCUUAAGCAGGCAUGAACACGGAUAAUAAAACCCC